GCAGGAACAAGAGGGGACCCCUGCUCCACGGUGCCCCCUGCAGUCUGGCACUGGGCUCAGCAGCAGCAGGCAAGCCGGACCAGGAUGGCGGAGAACGGGCUGGGAUGGCGGGGCAAAGUGCUGAACCUGGAGUCCAUGAACCCCUGCAUCAAGAAGGUGGAGUACGCCGUGCGGGGCCCCAUCGUCACCCGAGCCGUCCAGCUGGAGAAGGAGCUCAAAGAGGGAGUGAAGAAACCUUUCACCGAGGUGAUCCGAGCCAAUAUCGGUGAUGCCCACGCCAUGGGGCAAAAGCCAAUCACUUUCCUGCGCCAGAUCUCCGCCCUCUGCAUGUGCCCAGAGCUUCAGAACAACCCCAACUUUCCAAAGGAUGCCAAGGAGAAAGCCAGCAAGCUGCUGGCAGCAUGUGGGGGGCAGAGCAUCGGUGCCUACAGUGCUAGCCCAGGGAUCGACUGCAUCCGCCAAGACGUAGCCAGCUUCAUUGAGAGAAGAGAUGGGGGCAUUUCAUCCAACCCAGAGAACAUCUUCCUUUCCACAGGCGCCAGUGAUGCCAUCGUGACCAUCCUGAAGCUGCUGGUGUCGGGGGCGGGGCGUUCCCGCACAGGGGUGCUCAUCCCCAUCCCCCAGUACCCCCUCUACUCAGCAGCCCUGGCGGAGCUGAACGCUGUGCAAGUCAACUACUACCUGGACGAGGACAACUGCUGGGCCCUGAACGUGGAGGAGCUGCGGAGAGCAGUGCGGGAAGCUCGGAAGCACUGCCACCCCCGGGCCCUGUGCAUCAUCAACCCGGGCAACCCCACCGGGCAGGUUCAGAGCCGCAAAUGCAUCGAAGACGUCAUCCACUUUGCUUGGGAGGAGCAGCUCUUUCUCCUGGCUGAUGAGGUUUAUCAAGACAACAUUUAUGCCAAGGGCUCCGAAUUCCACUCCUUCAAGAAGGUGCUCUUUGAGAUGGGGCCCAAGUACUCGGGAACGCUGGAGCUGGCCUCCUUCCACUCCAUCUCCAAGGGCUUCAUGGGCGAGUGUGGUUUCCGGGGAGGCUACAUGGAAGUGAUUAACAUGGACCCCGGGGUCCAGCAGCAGCUCUCGAAGCUGGUCUCGGUGCGUCUGUGUCCCCCCAUUACCGGGCAGAUCGUCCUGGAUGCCGUGGUGAACCGGCCCCAGCCUGGAGACCCCUCCUACGAACUCUUCGACCAGGAGAAGCAGGCUGUGCUGGCGGCCCUCGCCGAGAAGGCACGGCUCACGGAGGAGGCCUUGAAUCGAGCCCCUGGCUUCCGCUGCAAUCCGGUCCAGGGGGCCAUGUACGCCUUCCCCCAGAUCCAGUUGCCCCCUCGAGCUGUGGAAGCGGCCAAGGCCCAAGGGAAGGCCCCGGACAUGUUUUUCUGCCUCCAGCUGCUGGAAGAGACGGGGAUCUGCGUGGUGCCAGGGAGCGGCUUUGGGCAGAGGGAGGGCACCUUUCACUUCAGAAUGACCAUCUUGCCCCCCGUGGAGAAGCUCCAGAUCCUGCUGCAGAAGCUGACCCAGUUUUACGCCAAGUUCGUCCAGGAAUAUUCCUAACCUGCAGGGCCCCAGCACCGGGGGUGGGUGGGAAGGGGCACCGGAGGGAGGCUGGGGCAAGGGUAGGGAAGACCCCAACCUCCACAGUCACCUUCCAGCGGCCCCCUGGUCCUGUCACGGCCACGCUCUGCAAGGCCCGCUCCUGUCCGAGCAAUAAAAGAUGGCGGCACGCGGAAUGGCCAGUGCCACUUGGCUGGACUCUUUACCCACAAGGCAUUGCCUGGACGUUGGGGCAGCUCCCAUUGGCUCAGCCCUUCGGAGGAGACUCAGACGGUGGGGGGGACCUCAGCCUGCCCUCAGAGCCUCUGUCUAGUAGGUUGUUCCCGCAGGCUGUCUUUGGGGCCGCUUACCCCAAAUCCAGGUGAACAAAGGAAUGGAUUCUGCUGCCUUAAGCCCCUGCCUCCCUGGGCUGCCUGGCUGAGAAAGAUCUUUCCCAGUACCGGCCCCUGAGAUCCUUUUAACUAGAGGUGCUGCUGGGGAUUGAACCCGGGGCCUUCUGUAUGCAAGGCAGGGGCUCUACCACCCAGCCACAGCAGCCUCCACUUCCUAUGGCCUAACUUGGGCUGUUGGGCUAAUGCCAAGCGACGGUGCCCGCGAAGGAGGAAACAAAUCACAAGAGGAAGCCGUGCAAUGAAACGCUGUACAGAAGCAAAGAGCUCACGGCACGAUACUGCAAACGGUAUAGCUUGAAUUGAGAAAUGUACAAUAAAACAUGUAUGAAAAAGCUCUCGUCGCACCAUCAUUCUAUACUGUACACGGACAGCCAGUUUCAAGGCUGACUUGAUUUCAGUGCUGACACCCCUUCGUGCAAAAUGCAGUAGACCUAAAUCCAAGUCCACGGGGGAGCUGUUAAAAAUAAUAAAGGGUCCCGCGCCGUCUUCUGUCACUCACGCGGAUUCAAAAAGAACUUGGUCCAGAAGUCCCCACAGAAAAGAAGCACGCUACGGCAGACCGGGAAUCAGCCGUUUCUCCAGGCUUCGUCAGGUAUUUGCCUGCAAUCGGGAGCGGUGAUGCAAUCACAGAGUCCCUUCGAGUCGUGCAGAAAACGCUGGCGUUCCCGGACGAGAUCGCAAGAACUUUUUCAUAAGUGUUUUAUUGUACAUUUUCUAGUACAAUUUAUACCAUUUGCAGUAUUGAGCUUUUUGCUUCUCUAUAGUGACCCACGAAGGAGGGCCAGCAAACUCAGCCUGGUGCUGUCCUUUCUCCUGGGCAGUGAGCCUUCCGUCCCCAGCGGGGAUUCUGCACCAGGAUUCGGCGGGGGGGGGGGAGGAGGGGGGUGUUCUUCCUUGGCUGCCUCAAGGAUUCCAGCGUUCCCACAGAGAAGCUGUCUGCACAGGGCACGGGGGCAGAGUCCGGGCUGAAUAAUGCAUGCCUAGCAACGGGGUUUGGUUCUGCUCCGUCUAGGCUGGGGUGGAGGAGUCCAGCAGAAGCCAGGGAGGUGGCAUUCUCAUGCUUGCCGCCGAAGCGUUUCUUGACAUGGAUGUUUUGCCCUGGUGUUGUGCGUCCUCCCCAGUGUGCCUGAGCGUGGACAUGAGGGGUCAAUAAAAGCCACUGGAAUGAA